UUAUAAAAUUAAACUAUAUAAUAAAAUUUAUUUCCCUUACACAGAAACACAGAGCAUUUUGGUAGUGAGAAGCUUUGUUUGGUGAGCUGUGUAUCUCUACCCAUUUGUUUAUUCUGUAAUUUUUUUAUCCAACUUCUAUCACUUUCACAUGGCUACUUAAAAAUCUCACUUCAACACUUUUUCUUGAUUAUUUUUUCUCAGCGAUGUGGGAUCAAUCUGAGAAAUCAUGAGCUUUCAUUACAGUGCUGUCGUAUUAAUUCUUCUACUCGGUGGUGUAAUUCAGUCCACUGGACUCAACACAGAUGGAAUUCUUUUACUUUCUUUCAAAUUCUCCAUUCUAAACGACCCACUUCACGUUCUUGAAAACUGGAAUUACAGUGAUGAAACUCCGUGUUCUUGGCAUGGUGUUACUUGUGGAGCUCCGGGUGAAAAUGGGUUGAGUACUUUUUCUCGGGUUACCGGGUUGUCUCUUGCUAAUUCUCAGCUUCUUGGUUCGAUUCCUUCUGAUCUGGGUAUGGUUGAAUUUCUUCAAAGUCUUGAUCUUUCUAAUAAUUCACUUAAUGGGUCGUUACCUUUUUCGAUUUUUAAUGCAACCCAUCUCCAGUUUCUUGAUUUGUCUAAUAAUUUAAUAUCGGGUCAGUUACCGGAAACUAUCGGUCGGUUACAGAAUCUUCGGUUUCUUAAUCUGUCUGAUAAUGCUUUGGCGGGAAUUUUACAUGGUAGUAUUACAACUGUGAGUAAUCUAACCGUUGUUUCUUUGAAAAAUAAUUAUUUCUCCGGUUUUUUGCCGGGUGGGUUUAGAUUUGUUCAAGUUUUAGAUCUUUCUUCUAAUCUUAUUAACGGCUCUUUGCCUCAAGAUUUUGGUGGCAAUAGUGUUCGUUACUUUAAUAUUUCUUAUAAUAAGCUGUCCGGGUCGAUUCCAAAAGAAUUUGCUUCAAAAAUUCCUGAUAAUGCUACUUUAGAUCUUUCUUUCAACAAUUUGACCGGUGAAAUUCCGGUUUUUAACAUUUUCAUGAACCAAAAAACGAGUUUUUUUAACGGAAACCCUAAUCUUUGUGGCCUAUUAACGAAAAACCCAUGUUUAAUUCCGUCUUCACCCACUUCCCCGCCGGCAAUUGCAGCAAUUCCGACGACAACCGCUUCUACACCGGCUACUUCACAGCCGAGUCAAGAAAACGAGUCACAAGGGCUGAGAAAAGGAACACUUAUCGGAAUUAUAGUAGGCGACGUCGCCGGAGUUGCAAUUCUUGGAAUGAUUUUCUUUUACGUGUACCAAUUCAAGAAACGGAGAAGAAAUUUAGAGCCAACAGUCAAGAAAGAACCGAAUAUUGUUAAUAUUUUUUGUGUAAAAGAAAAAAAUAAUCAAGAAUCUUGGUCAUCUUCUUCGUCAGAAUCAAAAGGGUUUACGAGAUGGUCAUGUUUACGCAAUAAAAAAGGAGAAAACGACGAUGAAUCAGACUCAACCAGCUCUCUAAACGACAACGACAUUGAAACCAACUCUUCAAAAUUUCAAGAAAAUCAAGAACAUGAACAGCAUAACAAAGGAGGCAAGUUGGUUACAGUUGAUGGGGAAAAAGAAUUAGAGCUCGAGUCGUUACUCAAAGCUUCGGCUUAUAUAUUGGGCGCUACUGGUUCUAGCAUAAUGUAUAAAGCAGUUCUUGAAGAUGGGAGUUCACUUGCGGUUCGAAGAAUCGGUGAGAAUCAUGUGGAACGGUUCAGAGAUUUUGAAAACCAGGUUCGAGUCAUAGCCAAACUGGUUCACCCAAAUCUGGUUGGGAUCCGUGGGUUCUACUGGGGUGUUGAUGAAAAGCUCAUUAUCUAUGAUUUUGUUCCUAAUGGCAGCCUUGCAAAUGCUCGUUACAGGAAAGUGGGCUCGUCUCCUUGCCAUCUACCAUGGGAGGCCCGGCUCAAGAUAGCGAAAGGUGUGGCUCGUGGGCUUCAACACCUUCAUGACAAGAAGCAUGUACAUGGCAACUUGAAGCCCAGCAAUAUUCUUCUCGGUUCGGAAUUAGAGCCGAGAAUUGGAGAUUUCGGGCUUGAGAGGCUCGUGACGGGAGAUUCAAGCUCUAAAGCUGGCGGAUCGACUCGGAAUUUCGGGAGCAAGCGAUCUUCGACCUCACGUGAUAGCUUCCAAGAGUUUUCAUUUGGGCCUAGCCCAAGCCCGAGUCCUAGUUCGAUCGGAGGUUUUUCGCCGUACAUUGCGCCAGAGUCACUUAGAAGUCUCAAGCCCAACCCAAAGUGGGAUAUUUAUUCAUUUGGGGUUAUAUUGUUAGAGCUACUAACAGGGAAAGUUAUAGUUGUGGAUGAGUUGGGCCAAGGGAAUAAUGGGCUUGUAGUUGAUGAUAAAAACCGGGCGAUUAGGAUGGCUGAUGUGGCGAUUCGAGCUGAUGUGGAGGGUAAAGAGGAGGCCUUGCUGGCUUGCUUUAAGUUAGGGUACAGUUGUGCUUCUCCAUUACCACAAAAAAGGCCGACAAUGAAAGAAGCCUUACAAAUCCUAGAGAAAAUUCCAUGUUCAUCAUCAAUGUCAUUCAUCUAUUAGUCACGACUCACUAAUGAAUAAUAUAAAAAGAAAAAAAAAUGGAGCAGCUUUGUAGAGACAUGUGUCAUUGACUUAUAGGUGGAUGGUUUGUACCAGAGUUUGAUUUGUAAUUGUGUGAUAUUAUUGGUAUACUUUUGUCUGUUAGUACUAAUUAGUUUUGGAGUUUGCCCAAUCCAUUUUGAGUUAUUUGGGUUGAGAACUGAUUUUAAUCCUACUUUUAGUUGUGUUUGUCAUGAAA